UUUAACUCCGACGACGAGACUUGAUUCAGUGCUGCGGCGUUUCGACAUUUUAGAACGCAUACAUCCGGCUGCCUUUCAACUCUCUGUUUCACUCCGAUUCCCUGGCGUUUCCUCAGUCCCAUUCCCGUGCCCUCCUCACGAGAUAUGACGAUAGUCGCCGGCGGCGUUGCCCCCAAAAAGAGACAACGCGUCGGAAGCAACAGCCGCUUCCCUUCCACCGUCGCCGUCAUCGACUCCUCGCGUCCCGACGACUCCCUCAACGAAGUCUCUCAUAAACCCUUUUCCCCGCCGCUCCUCUUCUUACUCUUUAAUCCCGCCGCCUCCUCCUCCUCCUCCUCCUCCGCUUCCUCUUCCGCUGGUGGAUUCAAUGACGCUUCGACCGCCGACGUCGUCCUCCGUCUUUAUGUCGAAAAUUCCUCUGCGUUCCUCUCCGACGACUCUGAGUCCAUCUCCGCCGUGGAUCAGGCCGACGUCCAGAUCUAUCUCCACUCCGGUGUCCUUCGCCGCUCCAGGUACUUCUCCGCCUUAUUGUCCGAUCGCUGGCACAAGGAAUCAUGCCCUGCUGACGACGUCGUUGUUUCCUCCCCGGUCAUCUAUCGCUUCAACCUCGGCGUUUCUGCCACUUAUGGCUCCAUCGAUUAUCAUCUCACCGUUCUUCAACUUCUCUACACCAACGACUUCUCCGACGUCGUUGAUACUGCCUCCACGGCUCUCUCUUUGCUCCCCGUGGCGCUCGAAUUGCUCUUUGAAGACUGCGUUAGGGCUUGCGUUCGAUUCCUCGAGGCGGUGCCCUGGACCGAAGACGAAGAGAAGAAGGUUUUGGGCUUAGUCCCCUUUCUUAGCGAUGAGGAGUCUCAGGAGCUUCUGGCUAGGGUUUCACCUGGUAAGAUUGAUUCCUCUGAAGAAAUGCUUCACGGAUUAAUCAUGUCUGCUAUCCACAAUCAUCCCAAUACGGCUUUCGCUAAGGCUUUCGUGGCCAAGUUGUUGAGGGAUUUUUCGUCCAAGGAGUCUGCCAGGAGAGUGUUGGAUCGCGCCUUUGAGACCAGCUUGAAGAUUGUCAAGGAGUCGUUGGAGGAGUACUCGAGUCCUGAUUUUCGUGGAGAUCAUAACGAGACUGAGGCUAUCCAGAGGUUGAAUUUGCACACUGCGAUGACUAAUGGGAGGCAUUUGUUGUGGUUGGUUGAAAGGAUGAUUGAGCUCAGAGUAGCCGAUACGGCUGCGGAAGAGUGGAGCGACCAGGCUUCUUUUACUGCGGAUCUGCAAAGGGCUUUUCGCGACGAUGCCUGGAGGAAUAUUGUGCCGGGGCUGCCCGCUGUCGUUCUUAGGUGCACUUGCAAGCUUGCCAAUGCUGUUGCCACAGGGAACAUUCUGGCUGCUAGACAGGUUAGAAUGAAGCUUGUUAAAGAUUGGCUACCGGUGUUGAUCAUAUGCAAAGAGAAUGUCUCCCAUAUGAUGUCAAGCCACAAAUCACUUUACCAGGAGCUGGAAGAAACAUUUCUGAGAAUCAUAUCCACACUGCCCAUGUCAGAUGCCCAAGAGUUGUUGCAGCAGUGCCUCAGCUUUUCAACUCGAAAUGUUGAUGAUUGUCCUCACUUGGUCACUGCAUUUACAACCUGGUUUCGACGUGCUAAUCGAUCUUUGCCGGCUGAGAGCCUUCGUCAAUGAUGGUCUUCAAGUCAUGAUAGGCUUUAUUGGCUACAAAGUCGAUUGUCAUUCGUCAAUGAUGGUCUUCAAGUCAUGAUAGGCUUUAUUGGCUACAAAGUCGAUUGUCAUUAGGGGAGGGACACUGCUAUGUUUUGAAACUCUCAUGUGUAGAUGAUUGUAAAUUAAGCUUACUGUAUGUUUGACGUCGCCCUUCAAGCAACCGGGUUCGCUUCUUUCAGAAGAAGCAUAGGGGGGGUUCUUGGUGGCAACCAUGCUCCUAUCUGAACCAGUCUUGUUUAGUAUAGUUCUUGCUGACUGAUAUCAAAGUGGAGAUGUUGUCAUUACCUCACAAGAAGAGGUUGUACGCUGUAAAUGAUGAACUUGAUCCUUUUCUGUAAAUAGAUGUAACUUUGUCUGCC